AUGUCAUUACCACUCGAACCACCAAAAUCUGAUGAACCAAUCUCUUACAAUGCCAUAGCACAAAAAGAAGUUUUUGCUAAAAAAAAAGAAUUAGAAAAAGAAUUGGCCGAAUUACAAGCUAUGUCAAGAAUUAUUACAAAUCCCGAAUAUUAUAAAAGUUUUUCUUCCCAGAUUUCUGAUAUAGAAAAAAAUAUCAAAAGUCAAGAUAUUCGGUUAGAAAAACUAAAAAGACAUGCAGCAAUAAAUAAAAAUGUGGUUGAAGAAGAACAAGAUAAUAAAGACAAUGAUGAAAAUGAUGAAUUAUAUGUACCAUAG